AGGGACAGUUUCUAUAACAAGAGGGGGAAAAAAACCCAUAAUUUUGUGUUUAUUAAAGACCCAGGUGUAUUUUUUUUGGCCACUUCGUCCGUCGUGUUGAUGUUUUUGUUCAUUCGGUGGAGGAUUUGGUGAUUUUUCAUGCGGUGCGAUUCGCAGAUUUUGCGUGAAUCAACCGCUGGCAUUCCUGCCAGAGAAUUACAUCUGUUCGCCCGGAGGGUCAUCGUCCACACCGGCCCCCUCCCGUUCCUCUGUCCGCCGUGUGGAAAAUGACCGGAGAGAAGAUCCGCUCCCUGCGAAAGGACCAUAAACCCAACAAGGAGGAGGACUUACUCGAACCGGACGAGGAGGCUGCCACCGGUACCUUCACCGCAACCAAGACCAACAACAAGAGAAGUAAAAUCUUCAGCAGUCACAAGUUGAUCAAAUCCCCGUCGUCGCAGCAUCAGAACCAGCAGUCUCAGCUAAAUGCAAACAGCAACACGCUGUCCACGACGGAGGUUGUCGACGACAACAAUAAGAACCCGGUCAUCCGAACCGACCAGGACUUCCCGUUACAUGAAUGUGUUUUUAAAGGAGACGUCCGGCGGCUGUCCUCCCUCAUCCGGACGCAGAACAUCGCACAGAAAGAUGUCCAUGGAAACACACCCUUGCAUCUAGCAGUAAUGAUGGGGCACAAAGAGUGUGCCCACUUGCUGCUGGCCCACAAUGCACCAGUGAAGGUGAAGAAUGCUCAGGGAUGGAGUCCGCUUGCCGAGGCCAUCAGCUAUGGAGACCGACAGAUGAUCACAGCUCUACUGAGGAAGCUGAAGCAGCAGUCGGAGAGUGUGGAGGACAAGCGGCCAAAGCUGUUGAAAGCCCUUAAGGAGCUGGGUGACUUUUAUUUGGAGCUUCACUGGGACUUCCAGAGCUGGGUGCCUCUCCUCUCCAGAAUCCUGCCUUCAGAUGCCUGUAAGAUCUACAAGCAGGGCAUCAACAUCAGACUAGACACCACACUGAUAGACUUCACGGAUAUGAAGUGCCAGCGUGGCGACCUCAGCUUCAUCUUCAAUGGAGACGCCGUUCCCACCGAGUCCUUCGUGGUCCUGGACAACGAGCAGAAAGUCUACCAGCGGAUUCACCACGAGGAGUCUGAGAUGGAGACGGAGGAAGAGGUUGACAUCUUAAUGAGCAGCGACGUCUACUCCGCUACUCUCUCCACCAAAUCCAUCACCUUCUCCAGAGCACAGACCGGCUGGUUAUUCAGAGAGGACAAGACGGAGCGCGUGGGUAACUUCCUGGCUGAUUUCUACUCGGUGAACGGCCUUGUGCUGGAGUCCCGGAAACGCCGCGAGCACCUGAGCGAGGAGGACAUCCUGCGGAACAAAGCCAUCAUGGAGAGCCUGAGCAAAGGCGGCAACCUCAUCGAGCAGAACUUUGAGCCGGUGAGGAGGCAGUCGCUGACCCCGCCAUCCCCGAACACCAUCAGCUGGGAGGAAUACAUCUCUGCCGACAAUGGAAGAGCUCCUCAUCUAGGGAGAGAACUGGUGUGCAAAGAGAGCAAGAAAAACUUCAAAGCCACAGUAGCCAUGAGUCAAGACUUCCCUCUGGGCAUUGAAUCGUUAUUAAAUGUUCUGGAGGUGAUCGCACCUUUCAAGCACUUUAACAAACUCAGGGAGUUCGUUCAGAUGAAGCUCCCCCCCGGCUUCCCUGUCAAACUCGACAUCCCUGUAUUCCCUACAAUCACCGCCACCGUGACCUUUCAGGAAUUCCGCUACGAUGAGUUCGACGAGUCCAUUUUCACCAUUCCCAUUGAAUACAAGGAGGACCCCAGCCGGUUCCCCGACCUUUAACCUGCCAGGCUGGACAUCUGGAAAGAAGCCCGUGUAGAGCUCAGCGACACUAUGCUCCAAAACACCUCCAAAGUAAUAACGAUAAAAAUGAUCACAAAUACUCUAGGGAGUACUCCCAUCUCUUAAUGGCCUUCACAGGGAGGUCAGAGGUCAGGUUCAGCUACAGAACAAAUGCCCCGGGCAUCGCUUCAGGACACCAGAAGGGCCUGUCGCCCUCCACACCCGAGUUUAAACCGUCUCGGGGACCUGACCGGCAUUAAUGCCGAUGAUGUCCGACCGGGGCAGGAAGUCAGACAGGUUUUGUUCCGUGAAGGUGAUUUUGGAGCAUAGUUCAUAGUCCAUUCUACGUUUUAUCUCACUUUGGAUCGGACUCCGCCGAUGAGUAAGUUACGCAAAGCAACGUUCAUCGGCUGUCCUGGAGGGGCCGGACAUCUCACCCAUGGAAGGGCAUUGAAGUUAAACCGAGAUUUUUUUUUUGUUUGUUUGAGGUUUUUACAGAGGAAAGAUGAGUUCAGUUGAUGCUAAUGUGUGUAAGUAUAUAUGUACGUAAUGUUUAAAGGGAUUGUGUUUAACUGACCUGUAGUAAAACACUGAAGUUGCGUGUUUGGAAUGUUAAGGAUGCAGCAACACAUUUUAAUUUUUAGGGGUUACUCAUCAAAAGUUUUUGUUUUCCUGUUUUCAGUGACUAUGGAAGUCUGGCCAAGAUGGUUGAAGCAAAAAUUUUCAUACCAACGUUCCAAUACGUUUAUUUUACACACCGAGAAGACGUGAAACAAAAUUCGGGAAAUGUAGGGGAAUUUGAGUUUGUCUCGCAGAAUACUAUUACUAGUCUGCAAAUAGUAUAAAAAAUACUAUUGUUAAAGAUUUCCACUUUGAAUUGACAAGUGUUAAAAUGCUGGGUUUUUUGGAGGGGGGGGGGUCUUUUUCUACAUCUAUUUGGGGAUUGUAGUUUAUGUCACUGAAGUUUUACACUCUUUUCCUCUCACUGCAGUUCAUCUUUGAAUAAUUUUGCAAACCCGGUGUUUCAGUGAGCCGUCCUCUGGCUGAUGCUUUCAGAUGCAUUUAAUUCCAUUUGACACAAAACAAAAAGCUUCAAAUCUGAAGGAAACCCAAGAAACCGGUCCGUUCUGGUUCACCGGCAUUCCUUUCACCUUUCUUAUUCUACAAUCCAACAACAAAAAAAUAAAAAUAGAUUUACAUGACAACAUACUUUAUUUUUCCUGAGAAUGAUCUGUAGGGAAUGAACGAGCGAUGUGGACGUUUAAUCUUGAUGCCAUUUUCAUGUAAUGUAAAACCAGGCCUUUCCUCCUGCGCACUGUGUAAAUAUGAUUGUUUCAUGAGUUUCUAUUGCUUUCAUUUAAUUUCUCCUUUCCUGUUUUCUUUGGGAUGACGGGAUUAAGAUUUGCUUUGCAAGUGUGUUGUGGAUUUUUUUUAUGUGAGGUGAUAUGCAAGUUCAUUCAAGAGGGUUCUGGUUUGUACCAAGGUGGAAUUUCUUAUUUUUGUAUAGACUUUUGUGCUGGUUUAAAAAAAGUCUAAAACAUUUUGUUUUCUUUCACUUCAUCCUGUUAAUCUCAUCCACCUUCAACCGUUUGGGGGCCACCAAUGUUUUCUUUCCACAGGAAAGCACAAGACUUUAACAGGUAGAAUGAGUAAGAUUUUCCUAAAAAUCAACGUAUAGACUCGUACAGAAAUAACCCCUCUCAAUCGUCACUUAUGACCCACACUAGGCGUGUGUGGUGGUGCCUGUAUCGGCAGAGACCCUGUCCUCUACCUGUGUUUUCUUAUUUUGCUGUGCGCGGGACGUUUCUGGGCGGCACAGUGGCGCUGUGGUUAGCGCGGUUGCCUCACAGCAAGAAGGUCCUGGGUUCGAGCCCCAGGGUAGUCCAAACUUUGGGGUCAUCUCGGGUUGUCCUCUGUGUGGAGUUUGCAUGUUUGCCUCGUGUCUGCGUGGGUUUCCUCCCACAGUCCAAAGACAUGUAGGUCAGGUGAGUCGGCCAUACUAAAUUGUCCCUAAGUGUGAACAUGUCUGCCGUUUGGACUGGUGGCCUGUCCAGGGUGUCUCCCCGCCUGCUGCCCAAUGACUGCUGGGAUAGGCUCCAGCAUCCCCGUGACCCUGAGAGCUGGAUAAGCGGUUUGGAUAAUGGAUGGAUGGGAUGUUUCUGGGCAUUAACCUCUGGGCCGCGGGACUCUAUAAAAACGUAGCGACCAGGUGCCAGAUCGAAAUCGUAAGCACACAUCCAAGAGGAAGCUACGACAAUGGCGGACACAGCACCGAAAAUACGCAAAUAUAGCGAGGUGAAACAGCAAGCGCACAAAGCUCGUUCCAAAACAAGAGUGAAUCUGGGGUCGGCUUUCACCCGCUGGCGAGCACUGAAGGAGAGGAUGGGGAUGAAGAGCCACGCGGAGUUGGCCUGCACACUGGGAUGUGUUCUGGACACUGCAGUCAGGGGGCGUGUCCUUCUGGUGACGUUCAGUCGAGGGGAGGGGCCAACCGACAAAUCCUACUCGUUCUACCUUUAAGGUCCCUCAUUCUGUAGAUUACAGAACUAAUUCGGAACAUAUCUUCAUUGAGUUGGUUAGCGGGACAUUUUUUUUUAGAUAAAAACUGUUAGAUGUCAAUCUGAAACCCAGUAUUCUGUACAAUGUUGUGCUUGGUUCAAUUCAUUCCUAACUUGCGGUUCAGUAUUGAAGGUGAAAAUAUUGCAGAUAUAGUUAAGCUUUUAACAAUGUUAAUUAGCAAAGCACAUUUCUUUCUCCACUUCACAUUUCCAUUCUUCACUACCUGAUGUGUGCUUCUUCCUAAAGCUUCAGUGGCUCAAAUCAUUGUUUUAUGUAUUCUCACUUCGACGUCUUGUCUGUUGUACAGCAAGACCACUUGUACAAGCCUGCCACACUAUUUUCAUAUAAAAUAUACUAAAAAUAAA